AUGGGACUCAAGAGAUCGCCUAUGGGUAAUGUAGACAUUUUCUUGCGGUCUUUGGAAGAUAUGCUAGCUUUCCUAGUCAGUAGGGGAAGUACAAGUAAACUCAUGAUUGGUGGCGAUUUCAAUGCGGACUUUGACAUCACAACUGGCAAGUAUCGCACUGCUAUCCGAGAAGCAAAGAAGAGAAAAAACGAAGAACUCAUCGAGAGGUCUACCAAUAAGUGCAAGACUGCUUGGUCGGUAAUUAACUCAGCUGCUGGGAGGUCCACGCAGAAAAAUAUGUCAGCGCUAUCCCCUGAUGACUACAGCUCCUACUUCUCCACGGCGGUGGAAGAAAUCUGGAUUGAGUCUGCUGUUUCUCAGUUACCUGAGUCUCAGGGGGAUCAGUUCCGUUGUGAAGCUAGUAUUUUACUAAAGAAAAUUCCUACUCCUAAACCUAAUCUUAGUAAAGAGGAAACCAAAGCAGUAUCAGUCCUUGGGAAAGACGGUACUGUAAAGAUUUUGCCCGCGGAUAAAGGGAAUGCCACGGUAGUUCUUGAUACUUUGACAUACGAAGAAAAAAUGUUAGAAACUUUGCAAUCUGGCCAAUACACCCAAUUGAAAAAAGACCCCACAGAAACUUUCGAGCGUAAAAUCGCUAGUACUCUAAGAAAACACAAAAAGUUUUUUAGCGACAAACAAAGGACUCGGUUGACACCACACCAUUCCAAAAUUCCACACAUGUACGGGUUACCUAAGAUCCACAAACCUAACGUUCCUCUGAGACCAAUAGUUAGCUCCCGUGAUUCUGCUUGUAGGGAAUUGUCUAAAGUCCUUCUGGACAUUUUAAAGCCUUUAGUAGGAAACACUGAUUCGUUUAUCAAAAACUCCAAAGAUUUUGUAGAAAAGUCUAAAUCUAUCGUACUGGCUGAUACUGACAAGCUGGUCAGCUUCGAUGUUGAAAGUCUGUUUACGAAUGUCCCCGUUUCGGAAACCCUAAAAAUAAUUGAGACCCGUCUCACAAACGACGAUACUUUAGCAAACAGAACUAAACUCCCUGUUAACGUCAUAAUGGAACUUUUGGAGUUGUGUACUCAAUGUAACUAUUUCCAAUUAGAGGGUAAAUUAUACCGUCAAGAUGAGGGUAUGGCCAUGGGGUCACCAUUGUCACCUAUCUUUGCCAACAUCUUUAUGGAGGAGUUUGAGCAAAAAGCUUUGGCUUCAGCUCGGCUCAAACCGAGGAUAUGGUGGAGAUAUGUCGAUGACACUUUCGUGGUUUUCCCUCAUGGAGAUGAUAAAUUGAAUGAGUUUUUAGAGCAUCUUAAUAGUGUUUCAUCCUCCAUAAAACUAACCAUGGAGGUGGAAUCACAAAACAAACUCCCCUUUUUGGACGUGUGCGUAGAAAAGCAUUUGAACAGUCUUAGAACAUCUGUUUACAGAAAAAAGACACACACAGGGCAGUAUCUAAACUUUCAAUCAAACCACCAAAUUUCUGUCAAGGAGGGGGUUGCUUACUCUCUGUUUGACAGGGCUAAGAGCAUUUGCUCCAAUCAGGAUGAGUUAAAGGAUGAAAUUAAGAAAGUAGAACAGGAUUUGGAUAUUUUGUGCUACUUGGAGCGGCUGGCCCAGGUGUUUCGGUGGAAUUUUCGCGCCCCAGAAUGGGCUCUUACUGAGAAGGCCCCCUGCAUGCAACAGCCCACAGGCAGCGUAGAUUGUGGAGUGUACGACUGCUUGUACACAGACAGAGCAAAUCGCAACGGAGACGUCAGUGACGGAUCUGGGAGCGUUGGAUGGUGUUGCGUCGCGGAAGAGAAUGGCACCAGCUCUGCGAAGAUCGGAACUAAUUAG